UGGGGCUGCCGUUUUUUGCUAAGAUGAACACCCACCUUUCGUCCACUCCCUUUGACCCUGAGCGGCGAGUUAGGAACGCAUUGAAGAAGGUCUUUGGGUUUGACACUUUUAAGACACCUUUACAAGAGCGUGCGACUAUGGCUGUCGUAAAAGGUGACAAGGAUGUCUUUGUGUGCAUGCCCACAGGAGCAGGAAAAUCCCUUUGCUAUCAGCUUCCUGCCGUGUUAGCCAAAGGCAUCACCAUUGUAAUCUCUCCUCUCAUUGCUUUGAUUCAGGACCAGGUGGACCACUUGUUGGCCCUAAAGAUAAAAGUGAGUUCCCUGAACUCGAAACUGUCAGCACAGGAGAGGAAGGAGCUGCUCUCUGACCUGGAGCAAGAAAAGCCUCGGACCAAGCUUUUGUACAUCACUCCAGAGAUGGCAGCCUCAGCAUCCUUCCAACCCACCCUGAAUUCCCUUUUGUCCCGCCACCUGCUCUCUUACUUGGUGGUGGAUGAAGCUCAUUGUGUUUCUCAGUGGGGACAUGACUUCCGCCCUGACUACUUGAGGUUGGGUGCCCUGCGUUCCCGCUUAGCAAAUGCCCCAUGUGUGGCUCUGACUGCCACAGCUACCCCACAGGUUCAAGAGGAUGUGUUUGCUGCACUGCACUUGAAACAACCAGUGGCCUCUUUCAAGACUCCCUGCUUCCGGGCCAACCUCUUCUAUGAUGUGCAAUUCAAGGAACUGAUUCUUGAUCCUUAUGGAAACCUGAGAGACUUCUGCCUGAAGGCCCUAGGACAGAAGGCUGGUGAAAAGUUGUCUGGCUGUGGCAUUGUCUACUGUAGGACUAGAGAGGCUUGUGAACAGCUGGCCAUUGAGCUCAGCAGCAGGGGUGUGAAUGCCAAGGCCUACCAUGCAGGGCUGAAGGCUUCUGAUAGGACUCAGGUACAAAAUGAGUGGAUGGAGGAGAAGGUCCCAGUAAUUGUUGCAACCAUCAGUUUUGGAAUGGGAGUGGACAAAGCCAAUGUCAGGUUCGUUGCCCACUGGAAUAUUGCCAAAUCAAUGGCUGGGUACUACCAGGAAUCUGGCCGAGCUGGCAGGGAUGGGAAGCCUUCUUGGUGCCGUCUCUAUUACUCUAGGAAUGACCGGGACCAAGUUAGCUUCUUGAUCCGGAAAGAAAUAGCAAAGCUUCAGGAAAAGAGAGGGAACAAAGCAUCUGAUAAAGCCACCCUCUUGGCCUUUGAUGCCUUGGUGACCUUCUGUGAGGAAUUAGGGUGCCGCCAUGCCGCCAUUGCCAAGUACUUCGGGGAUGUGCCACCCACCUGCAUCAAAGGCUGCGACCACUGCCAGAACCCUGCAGCCGUGCGGAAGCGCUUGGAGGCCUUGGAGCACAGCAGCAGCAGCAGCUGGAACAAGACCUGCAUUGAGCCCUUCCAGAAGAAUGGCUUUGACCCCGAGCUGUAUGAAGGAGGCCGCCGGGGUUACGGGGGCUUCAGCAGGUAUGAUGAAGACUCUGGAGGCAGCAGUGAUGAGAUCAAAGAUGAGGCCCACAAACGAGAGUGGAAUCUCUUCUAUCAGAAGCAGAUGAGCCUGAGAAAGGGCAAAGACCCCAAGACAGAAGAAUUCAUACCCCCAGAUGAGAACUGUCCCCUGAAGGACGCUUCUAGCAGCAAGAUCCCCAGGCUCACCGUGAAGGCUCGAGAACACUGCCUGCGGCUUCUUGAGGAGGCUCUGAGUAGUAACUGCCAGGCUGCGGGCUCCGCUGAUAGAGCAGACCUCCAGGCCAGGGCUGUGGAACUGGAGCAUGAGACAUUCCAAAAUGCCAAGAUGGCCAAUCUAUACAAGGCCAGCGUGCUGAAGAAGGUGGCUGAGAUCCACAAAGCCUCCAAGGAUGGGCAGCUCUAUGAUGUGGGAGGAAGGACCAAGAGCCACGGGGUCCAGCCCGAGCCCCCCGAGCCCAAUGAGUACGACAUCCCUCCCACUUCCCACGUGUACUCGCUCAAAACGAAGCGGGUGGGAGCUGGCUCCUGCACCUUCCAGACAGCCACUGAGCUAUUGGGGAAAUUUCAGACGCAGGAACAAGCCCCCCAGCCUGUGCAGGGAAGCAAACAGGAGCCCCUCCUCCUCCAGGAAGACAGGAGCGAGCCCCUUCCUGGGCACAGUGAUGCUGCUAGGGCUGGUGCUUGUGGGGAACCUUCCCCUGAGAAGAAGGCAAAAGGCUCCUCCAGGGGAGGCGCCACUGCCAAGGCCCGGGCCAGCAGGAAACAGCAGCUCCUAGCUGCAGCGGCCCACAAGGAUUCCCAGAGCAUUGCCCGCUUCCUCUGCCAGAGGGCUGAGAGCUCCCCUCUCCUGGCUUCAGCCCCAGCGGCCGAAGGUACCAACUCCUCCUGUGAAGGCGCUUCUCGACCCCUGAGAGCCCCAGAGCAGCAUACAGAGGAGGAAGAUGGAGCCCCAAGAUGUUUGAUUGCCUCCCUUCAGACUGAGGCAUGUCCCCAGGACGGGCCAAGUGCUUGCCUACUCAGAGACCAGGGGCUCUCUGAAGGCCAGCCCAGCCUCUUAAAGGAGACCCCGACCAGCAAGCGGACCAGACACCAGGAGGAAAACCCAGAAAGCCGGGCUCAGAAGAGGCCUCGUCCCUCAGCCAAGCCCCCUAUCACCGAUGAGGUCAAGGAUAGCACCUCAGCCGGUGAUCAGGGUGCCUUGAACACUGUGGCCCAAGAGCCCUGCCAGCUCCCAGCUCCGGGCAUCUCCCUGAAGGAGGCUGCAGAUGUUGUGGUCAGGUGUCUGACCCCUCUCUACAAGGAGGGCAAGUUUGCAUCUAAGGACUUGUUUAAAGGCUUAGCUCGCCACCUCUCACACCUGCUGACUCAGAAGGCCUCUUCUAGAAGGAGCGUGAAGGAAGGGGCCCAGAGUCUCAUCAAGCAGUUCUUCCGUGGCCGCUCACGGUGUGAGAGUGAAGCCGACUGGCACAGCCUGUGUGGCCUACAGUGAUGACCUGCCUCCUCCCGACGGCCCUGGCCAGCGUGGCCACCCAAAGUGGGAAGCCAGGCGGACCGGCAGCGCAGCGGCCACCAUCCUCCUCAGGGUCUUAACCUCUUCUGUGUUCCAGACACCUCCCAGAUCAAGUAAGAGGCCAGAGGUCAGCCUCCAAUGUCUCGGCCCUCAUUGCCGGUGUUCUGGGCCAGAUCCCCAGGUUAGAAGGUAGAUGUGUGGUUGCGGCCAGUGGAAGACGGAGUAGCCACCUUUUUUUUUUU